GUGAUUGUCCAGCUGGUUGGUUUCAAGUUGGUAGAGACGAAUUUAAAUCCUGUUUUCUAUAUAAUGGUGCAGCAACCACUUAUAUGUCUGCUGUUAAAUUUUGUCAGGAAAUGGAUGCAUUUGUACCGUAUUUACGAGUUGAUGACAUUAGACAGAAAGAAUUGGCAAAACGAAUCGAUGAUAUCAUACAUAUGCGAACAAGUGACAGUAUCGAUCGUUACGAUACUUUUACAGAUGCAUACGAUAAACAAAUAUGGAUCUCAGGUGUUACAGUACCAUUAACUCAAUGUGGUUCAUUAAGCACACGCACCGGUAAUAUUGCUACUCAAAAUUGCAAUUAUUUGCUAUCAUUUGUGUGUGAAAAAGGAAUAUUAUCAUACGAUGAGCCGACACUUUGGAGAGGUGGUAUAAUUAUUGCUGUAAUUGCAUUAAGCAUACUUGUAGUUAUCAUUUUAUUGCUAGCUAUAUGUUGGUAUAGAAAAUCAAGAAAACGGGAAGAAGAAGAAGUAAGCCGGAAAGAAUGUAUCCGUGCUUCAUUAAGACUUAGCAAAUUGGCGAAUGAAUUACGGAAGAACAAUGAUAGUAAUCGAAUUAUUACUAAUAUGGCAACAGCUGGAACAUUAAAUGGUAUAGAUUUGCAAACGGAUGAUGCAAUCAUGAAUGCACACCGUAAUUUAGUUCAUGGAAAAGACAAUAAUUCAUGGUCAACAUUAACAAAAACUGAUUUAUCAACCGAAAUAUAUUCAGGAAGUAAUUCUGUUACUUCAUUUAUUGAUCAAAGUGUCAAAUAUCGUCCAUCUGGUGUAGAAUUAAGCAAAAUAAAUUCUACUAUUGAUUCAUCAUAUUCUGGAAAUACUACUGAAACUUUUACAUCUCAUAUGCCAUCAUCAACUUCCAGAAAUUUGGUAUCACAGAAGCCAAAUCCAUAUGCUGAGGUAUCAUUAAGUGUAUUUAAUGCUUACGGAUCAAUUAAUGACCGUGCAGCUAGCAAUAAUGACCGAUCAAUGAUCGAUCGGCAUAAUACAGAUGCAUCAACGUGUAGCACAAAUACUGAUACAGUCACAUGUUCAACAUGUCAAGAUUGUGGUGAAUCAACACUUACAGAACGAUCAUCGUGGAAUGAUUCAAGUAGUGCUCAAUCAUCGAUCAUUUCUGAUCGAACUAUUCAACAAUUGGUCAAACCACUUCUUAAUCGAUCAGAGCAAUUAAUAACAAAAUCAAUGACAGGAGAAGAUACGUUACGUCUGGUACCCAAUACUUUUGAUUCACGUUUACGAUCUUAUACUUAUAGUAAGUUAAUAGACAUUUCACAACCAUCAUUAUUUGUUCCAAAAUUGCAGAAGAAUCAUGGAACUUCGUCGGUUACAUCAGAUGAAACAAAUGAUGAAAUACCGCUUAGACCAAUACGUAUCGCACCACCGCCACCAUCAACACCAUCAUCACCAUGUAUUGUUACCUCAAUGAAUGAGCAACUUCAUGUCCCAUUAAAAAUUCCCACUAUUUCAUCACCACCACGACGUUCAUUGUAUGAAACUACAACAGAAUUAGUGAAAAAUAGCCAUCCUUAUAGUAGUUCAUCUUCAUAUCGGACUAAAAUUCGUCCUUCUAUACCACCACCAAAUCCACCAGAGUAUAUCCGAAAUCCUCAAUCAAGCCAAUCGCUUGUUGAUCUCAUUAAUCCAUCGUCAUUACACUAUCAACGUAGUAAUUCAACCGGUAAAGCAUUACCCAUCGAAACAUCGAUGUAA